AGUUGGUUCGUCUUGUGGGGGCGGCGCAUGCGUGAAGCGAGCGUUCCCUCUCUCGUUACCUUCCUCCCAUCUCUUCGGUCCCCUUCUGUCAGUUGGUUAUCAUCCGCUUAGUACGCCGGGCCGGCGAGGCUGCCCCGUUUCCUUCCCAGCCGGCGCCGGCGGCGGCGGCAAGAGCUUCGCAUUACCUUCCAAGUCUUCCUGUAAGAUCUCCGUCCGCCGCUCCUCUCCCGAUGCCAUGGACUCGCCUCCGAUGCUGCACCCGGUAAAGCUCUACGUUUACGACCUGUCCAAGGGCAUGGCUCGGCGCCUCAGUCCUAUCAUGCUUGGUAAGCAGCUGGAUGGCAUCUGGCAUACCUCCAUAGUCGUCCACAGGGAUGAGUUCUUCUAUGGAAGUGGUGGGAUCUCCAGUUGCCCACCUGGUGGAACACUGCUUGGGCCACCAGACUCUAUCGUAGACCUGGGAUGCACAGAAGUUUCAGAAGAGCUCUUCCUGGAAUACUUAUCCUCACUGGGAGAAUCUGUGUUCCGUGGAGAGUCCUAUAAUCUCUUUGACCAUAACUGUAAUACAUUCAGCAAUGAAGUGGCACAAUUCUUGACAGGAAGAAAGAUCCCUUCCUACAUCACUGACCUUCCGUCUGAAGUCCUUGCAACACCAUUUGGACAAGCUCUCCGGCCUCUCCUUGACUCCAUCCAGAUUCAGCCCCCUGGAGGAAAUACUUUCAGCAGACAUAAUGGACAGAGCUAGCAGGCAUGAUGGAAAAAGCCUUGGUUCACCAGGGCAUUACCUUUUUAAACUCCAGCGUACUGGAUUCCUAUCUUAGAAUUCAUGCCAGACUUAUUGGCAAGAUGGCAUUUCAGACUUUCUAGGGAGAGUAUUUCCUGGAUUGCAUGUGAUAUGAUGCUACCAGAAAAAAAACCUUGUCAUAAAGUCAAAUAGUGUAUUUACUUACAAAAGUUGUUUUUGUCUUGGUUCACUUUAAAUGCUUUUUAAAUAAGCCCUGCUGAGCAAGGGGCCAUUAGGGAACCCUUUUCCCCAAUGCAGACCAGCCUUCCCCAGCCUGGUGGUCUCCAUCUGUAAUUGCCAGCAUCCACCAGCCAGCCAUGUAGUCAAGCCCUUCUGGAGGGCGCUAGGCUGGGAAGGCUGAUUAGAGUAACUUGGGUGGCAUUGAGUAUACUAGGUGUCACCAUUCCUUGCCAGAACUGUUUAUUUUCAUUACCCCUUUACAGUGUAUUUGUGGUUGUUAUACCCAGGUAUAUGAGUUUUGCAGCACUGAAGUUCUAAGUACUAAUCCAAUAUUAACUUGAAUAAUCUAAUUUUUGUAGGAGGGGAAAUAAGCUAAAAACAUUCACUUUGAAAUAAUUUUGAGCAAUGCUUCUUAAAUGAUAAUAUAGAUUAGUUUCCCAGUAGCAGUAUGUAUAAACUAUUGGGUGGGUUUUGAAUUCUCAGUAAGUGAGUGCACCUCUCUUGAAGGAUCUGAACUGAACCAGAGGCAGCAUAGGGACUCUCUGAUAGUGGGUAAAAAAACCUCUGCAAGUCAUCUAUUAAAGAUGUCCACUAUAUGGGCUUGACCAAUUUGGUCCAUAUCUUUUAUCACAAUUGUUUCCUUAAGAAGUCAACACUGAUCUGACAGGCAAUUAAAUCUGAGGUAAGCUACUAAUAGCCAGAUAACCAUGCCAGAACUAAGUUCAAAAUUAAUAUUAAUAGCAAUAUCUAUCAUUUGAGACAGAAUGAAUUUGAGCCUCAAACUAUGCAGAUACUUCAAAACUAACUUUAGACUGGUCAUGUCUGUCUGUUUACAAAAAUCCAUGUUGGAGAACUUCCUCUUCCUGACCCCAUAACACACCAGUCCCAAUUUAAUCAGGAGGCCUGCAGUUGCUUUCUGUAAACAAAGAGGCCUGGUCAAUCUAAGUGCAGUUUUGAAUUGUACUUAAACUCCUGUCUAGUUUAUAAAGUUGAAUCAUCAUCACCUAUGUAGAGACAGGAGAACAGGAUGUUGUGCUUUCGUUUAUCUUUCCUCCUAUGAGUGUCUUCAGAGACACAUUCUGGGACAGGCCACUCUCUUUUGAGAAUUCUCUGCAGAAGAAAGUGCAACAAAGACCUGCACUAAACUUGGCCUGGUCUGCUUCAUCAGGUAUGGGCAGAACAAUCCUAUUGCCCCAAGAAAGAGUCCACGGGGUCAUAGGAUUGUUUGGAUCCUCAGCUCUGGAGUCAGAAAACAGUUCUGUCUCCACAAAUGGGAAUCCGUGCUUGGGGUGUCCUUCCCCACCACCCCUGCAGCCUUGGGAAGAACUAUGCCAGCUGUGUGUCUAAGGUCAUAGGAGCAACCUCAUAAUAUGUUUAGGAGUUAGGGAAGAGAGGGGACAAGAUAGGACAUACCCUAGUGGCAUCUCAGUUGCCUUCUCUUCGAAAUGCCACAGCUGGAUGGUGUAGCUGCCUUGCAAGAUGGAAGAAGCACACAGGCAAAGCUGCUUCCUUCUUUAUAGGAUGACAGUAAACUUCCACAUUUGGAAGAUUACAGGCAGCCUCACUGGACGGUGCCAUACUUCAAUUAACCUUGAGAUCUUGGAAAUUUAUGCCCUUUUUCUUUGAGAGCAGGUUGAGGCUUUCCCUGUGCUCCAGAAAGAUACACAGUAAAAACUACUAAUCCCUCUCACACUUAGCAGAAGGCGUGGAAAAUUGCUUAAUAAAGAUAUUUACUUUUAGCCUAUUCUCUUUGGUAUUUUGAUACAGAUUUCUGCCAAACCUACUAAGAUGGUGUCAACAAUAACCAGCAAAAAAACUAUAAUAAAAACAUCAAUAUAGUAAGCCAUCAUUGUUUCCUUAGGAGUGUUGCUUUUGUUUCAAUCUAUAAGGCAACAUUAAAGAGAUGUGCCUUGGCAUCUUUUCUAAAAGUAGUGCUGGAAACACUCAUAGCAAUAAGAGGAAUGUAUUCCCCUAUUUGGGAGCAACACGGAAAAAGUCCUGUCAUAGAUGCCUAUCAAAACUACCCUCUGGAAGUGGCAGCAUCCUUGGCCACUCCUGUACAUCUUAGUAAUUGGACAGGUUCAUAGCAAGAUGGGCAGUCCCACAGAUAGUCAAACCCUAAGACAUUUAGAUCUUUAAUUUAAAAAAAAUACUUGGAAUUGAGCUUUAAAAACAACUGGCAAUCAGUGCAGUGCAGGUCUUUCAAUACUGGCUACAGCGCAGCGGCAUCAUGGAAGUAUAAAAUGCAACCCUAGCAAACAAGGUAGAUUGUAAUCUGGAGGCAUGUUGGAACACUAUAAAUGGGUGUAGGUACUGCAUCUCCUAGCCCACCACUGUCAUUCUUUUAGCUUGCCUUUCUCCCCUUCCUGGUAUGGAAUAAAAUAAGUUGUCCUUACAAUAGCUAAGGAGUAAAGGAAUGGGAUAGGAGGUGCAGUGGCUGCAUUCUCUCCUGCUGUCUCAAACCCUUUGAAGAAGAUCUCCAGAUUGCAAUCAGCUACCAUAUGUUUUUCUACUGGGGCAGUGUUUACACCUAUUUUGCUUGGUGUGACUAUGUAAAAAUCAAGAUAACAGAGAUCUGGUCCUGAAUGCUUGUUUCAUACAUUGUUCUCUACCUGUAGAAACACAUCUGGCUACCCUUCUUCUUCACCACAUUAGAUGUGGGUUUGUGGUAGGGCAGAAAAGUACCAGGUGUAAGUACCUUUGAAAAUGCACACUUCUGACGUUUGCAAAACCACUGAGUAACUGACUUAUUUAAAGUUCUUCCAUUCCCACAGCCAUAUGCAAAACAUAUUUACUUCCUAGUCAGGACUGCUAAAAGCAGUGGGACAUGUCAUCUAGUAAAGGUGUUUAUGGCAUUAGAAAUGCCUGCCAGUCAUUCCUUUUUACUCAUGUGCAUCACCUAAAGCAUUUCCUUCUGCUUAUUUUUCUAUGUGCCUUUCUUAAACUGACUAGUGCAUCUGACCAGGUGGAGAAAUGGAUGAAAUCCUGGAUUUUACUUGACCAUGCUUCUUAGCACUUUCCUCCCACUUGGGAAAGUGCAACAUGAUCUUGUCCAUGUUUACUCAGAAGCAAGUCACACUUAUGUGCAGUGCUCCCAAGUUUGUGUGUAUAGAAUUUUAGUCUUGGACAUCUUCAGUGGAACUGAAGGGAGAUGCUGCCUCUUGGAUUAUGGAACCUGUUUUGUCCUUCUUACUGUUUCCAGUAAAGACAUGAGCCUUUUGCUGUUCUGUAAUACACAUGGGCUCUAUUUUUACUUGUGUGCAAUAACAAUUAGAGCCUCUGCAUUUAUUUCAAGAGGCUUUAUUUCAAGACUAGCUUUCCAUUGUAGUAUGUAAAUUACUUGAUAGUAUGUUGUACUCUUUGCCAGUUAACACUAUUGAGUGAGGGCAUGUCAUAGUCAAGGAAACAAUUUUCAAAGUGAUUAGAAAGGAUAGCUAUGUAUGUACCCAGCAUUCCACUCAAUCCCAUGUAUUUGUAAGUAUAUAAAAUUAUAUUAUGUGUAUAUCUAUGUAAAUGUAUCCACUUCCAGCCUGAAGUGGCUGACAAUGGGCUGGGGAACCUAAGCAGCCCUUGUGUCAGAGCAUAGGCUAGGCCCAAGUAGUGAGCUGUCAUUUCUGGGGAUUCCUGUUUUCAUUUUAUAAUUAAAAUAAAGCCUUUGCCAGAAAC